AUGAAAGUAAUCGAAUUAAUAUCCCAAAAUCAAGAAAUAAAAACCAUCCUCCAAGAAUUAGACACCCAACUCAAAAAUUCUUGCCAAAAAGCCGGUUGCCCACCUACUUGUCAACAAUUACCCUCUAGUCCACAAAGAAUUUUAAUCCAACUAAAAAUCAUGGAAGACCCUAACAA